AUGACGAAGCAUCUGGCGGACUCGGACGAUUUGGCGGAGUGGGCGGAGCUGGCGGAGGCGGUGCUGGCGGACCCCGUGUACCGCGACCGCCUCGAGUGGUUCGAGUACGAACGCCGCUUGCACCGCGACGGCGCCGCUGCUGCCGUGCAGUACGCACGGGACGCGGGAUGGGUGGACAUGACAGACACGUUCGCCUGGAGCGGAGUGGACAUGGAGAUGCUCGGCACCUCCUUCACCAAGCCUAUACCGCGCACCAACACCUCCGGCACUGCUGCGCCCGCCGCACCCGCUGUCUUCCCAUAUUCCUCCGGUCCUGCAGGAUCUGGAGCCCCCUCUGUCCGAAAGCGCACAGCACGCGCCCGCCAGGGCCGCGCGGGGUUGGGCUGGCCUUCUGGGGUGAAUCUUGCGGCUGUACGCGCGCAGCAGGAGCAGCUGGCACGGCGGCAAGAGAGAAGGAAACGACAAUCUGAGAGGCGACAGCAGCAGACAGAAGGGGGGAAUGCAGGGGAGAGUGAAGUGGGAGGGAUUGAGGCAGCGGAUGAGGGGUACAUGAACCUUGAGAGUGUGAGCAGCGACUGGCUGCUGGAUAUGGUGCAGAAGCAGCAGGCGUCAAUUGAAGAGAAGCGGACCAAGGCAGGGCGGCAGGGUGAAAUCGCUAGUGAAGUCCCGCGGCACAGAGGACGCGCCAAGGGCGGAGGGCACGCUGGAGCUGGGUCGCGGCAAGGCGGCGGUGGCGGCGGGAUGGAGGCGGGAGGCGGCGUGCGGUCGGCGUCAAAGAAGAGCCCCUAUGUGGUCGGCGGGGCGGAGCGACGGCGAUCGGGAGGUCGUCAGCGGAAGAAGAUAGAGAUGCUGCAGAUACGGUACAGGCGGCGUCGUUUCCUGCUGCUGUUGGCGCUGCUGACACUGGUGGCGUUGUUCGCAUGGUUCGGCGACGACAUCAUGUCGCGACUAGAGGCGGUGCUCUCAUCAGACGGCACACACCGCCGCCUGCUGCUGCCGCGCCGCUCCACCUCCGCCGUACCACCGCCACUCGCCACGCGCUCGCUGCUGCAGGCGGGGGUGGGGAGCCCUGGGGCGCAGGCACCAGUGCAGGGGGAGGGCGAGGGCGGGGUAGCAGAGGGGGGCGAAUCGCACACGCAUGGGCGCGAGGCAGCGUCGCUGUGGCCUGAGCCCGCCCCCCAGGGCUGGGUGGCGCAUGCAGGCGUGCGAGACACCACAGUCUGGCCUGCGCCAGCGGAGGAGAGCAACGGAUUCGUGGUGGUGAGGUGCAACGGAGGGCUCAACCAGCAGCGCAGCGCGAUAUGCAACGCAGUGGUGGUGGCGCGCAUCAUGAACGCCACUCUAGUGCUGCCACGCCUUGACACCAAUGAGUUCUGGAACGACACCAGUGGCUUCGCCACGGUGUACGAUGUGGACCACUUCAUCGCCACGCUCGCCUCCGAUGUGCGCAUAGUCAAGGAGUUGCCGCCACACAUAACGGCCGACAAGCGCGCCAAGCUCGUCCGGCUGCGUCCACCGCGUGAGGCCCCAGUGCAGUGGUACGAGAGCGAUGCGCUGCGGGUGCUGCGGCGGCGGGGCGGGGUGUACCUGACACCGUUUGCGCACCGGCUGGCGGAGGAGCUGGGCGCGGGCAGUGUAGCACUGGAGCUGCAGCGCCUGCGCUGCCGUGCCAACUUCCACGCGCUGCGCUUUCACCCCGCCGUGCACACGCUGGCUGACAGCGUGAUGGCGCGCAUGAGAGCACGCAGCGCAGCGCUGGGCAUGCAGGGCCGCUUCAUUGCUGUGCACCUGCGCUUCGAGAAGGACAUGCUAGCGUUCGCAGGGUGCUUCAACAUAUUCUCUGAGGAGCAGCAGGCGGAGCUGAAGGCUUAUCGAGAAGCUAACUUUGCAGAGAAGGAGCUGGAGCAGUCCAGGAGGAGACGAAUCGGCAAGUGCCCACUCACACCACACGAGGUGGGGCUCACACUGCGGGCCAUGGGCUUCCCCAACAGCACGCUGCUGUACCUGGCAGGGGGGGCAGUGUACGGGGGAGAGGCAUUCAUGCGCCCCCUGCAGGCGCUCUUCCCCAACAUAGUGCGCCGCGCGGAUGUGGCCACGGCGGCAGAGAUGGAGGCGGUGGAGGGGCAUGGCAGGGCGCUGCUGGGACAGGCUGUUGACUACAUUAUGUGCACCAAGGCUGAUGUGUUUCUGCCCAGCUAUGACGGCCCCAGCAACUUUGCCAAUAAUGUGCUCGGCCACCGUCUCUACCUCGGGUUUCUCCCAUCGCUGAGGCCUGAUCGCCGCUCACUGUCCCGUGUGCUGGACGAGAGGGAGGCAGGCGGCAUAACAGAGGACGUGUUUGGUCCCGCUGUGAAGAACGUGCUUCGGAAGAUACCAUCGGCAUCACCCUUCCCCCGCCGCCAGGGCCACAUGGCCUUCUUUGCCGACCCAUGGCCUGAGUGCUUCUGCCAGAACCCAAGUACAAAUUCCAAUGCUGAAGCUGGCAAGAUACAGGCAAAGGAUACAUGUCCCCAGCACGUUGCUGAAGCGGUAGCAAACAUUUAA